GCCUCCGUCCAAUGGCAAGUCUAUUUAGUGUUUCUAUGGAAACAGCCCUAUCCUUUCAGAUGCCAACGCUGGUUAAACUGACACAAGUUUUGCUAUCGGCUGUAACCAAAGUGAGGAUAUAUUGAAUGAACGAACAGAUCGCAGCAGCCAGGGCAAUCGCAGAGACGAUCGCGGUGGACAAGAAGCUGCUGAAGCACAGAAGAAGCAAAGUGCAACAGGAGAAACAACAUUUGAUAUUAGGCUUGUUGCCAGAGAUGGCUACCUCUCCCGGAGUUUCCAAAGCCAGUACGUCGAAGGGCAUGACAAACUUUCCAGUUCUGCCUCCGAUUGAACCCACUCAGAUCGCAGCAGCCAGGGCAAUCGCAGAGACGAUCGCGGUGGACAAGAAGCUGCUGAAGCACAGAAGAAGCAAAGUGCAACAGGAGAAACAACAUUUGAUAUUGGUGUCUAGAGCAAUGGAGGCAUACAAAGAGAGCCAAGAGAAGAGAGCAGUGCACAGCGAGUUACCAGAGCCAGAGUUUCCACCCUCUAUGCUUAGUGAGGAGUGCAAGCGCAAG